AUGGAGUCAACAGACCUUGAGAGCCCCAUCCACCUCCUACGCCAUUUACGGUGGGCUGCAUGUUUGACAGCUACGUGUACGGGAAUCUUCCGUGAGAGGAGGCGACUUGCAAGACCAAGGGAGUAUGAGGAGCUCGAUGAAGCUCUCGACAUCCUCAAUCAAUGCGGGGGGUACCUAGGAAAAAUCACAAACUUGGUCGAAGAACUCGUGCUUGGUGGCCGCGGAUUUCCUGUGAACCUGCGGAUGGAAAUAUGCGACCAGCUGGGACCGUACAACGACUUUUGGUCGUCAGAUAUGUUCAGGGAAGAUUAUGCAGCGUCUACCAUGGAUACCUUGCAGAAGAUCUAUGAUGACCUCAGUCUUCAAGCCGCCAGCGGAGUUGGCUUCAACUAUUCAGAAGCCAGUUUCACUCGAAAUCAGCAGAAACCAGCAUAUUCAUCCGUAUGA